GCACAGCGUUGUCUACCACGAGUCUCGGCCGAGACGUAUGUAGAGAGGCGCGAGCUCUCCCUUUCACAUAAAUCUGACGCUCCACAACUUUCCUUCGACGCGGCCAGUUCGCUCCAACCGCCACAUUCUCUCCGCUACGACCAGGAACAUCAAAUCGGCCUCGGUCACGAUGUCAUUCGCUCCGCACGACAAUGGCUUUGCCCACCCACCUGAGGUCUAUGUGUCAUUGAUAUUCCCCAUGCACGACGUGCAGGAUGCGUUUAGAAUGCCUCUUGAGACUCCGAAAGAGGUCAGCGUCCUAACCUCAUGGUUUCUAUCCCCGUCCGGGAAUGGCGCCGAACUGACGACCUUCGGUUGGGGCCGUUGGCCAGAACUUGCCGCUUCACGCUACUUGCAGCAUCUGCUCCAGUAUGCCCACUAUGACAGUUUCAGUCUUGAUGAUGGCAUCGAUAACUUUACAGCGAUCCUCCAGGCUCAUUUCAUGAAGAGUCGCCCGGCAGCUGAUGAAGACGACCUCGACAUAUCAAACACGGAUGCUGUGCGCUCGACGCUGAUCGGCCCGUCGACUAGAGCUGUGGAGUCUGAGAAUCGAACGGGAAAUUUCAAGCCCAUCUCACACCUGGCACACGUAUUCAUUAUUCCAAUUUCCGCUGGCUAUAUGGGAAAUAUUCACUCGUCCCAGAGACCUCAGCGACAACUUGUAUCGUUUCGAUGGGCAUUGGCAUCUGCGAAAGACGAAGAGGUCAUCGAGUCGAGUGUCUGGAUGCCUAGUCUCCAUGAGGCCUUGAUCGAUGGAUGGCGCAAGAACGUCGAGCGCGACUUCUCUAUCGAGUUUUGCGAGCGGCCUCGAACUGUGUGAAGGGUUGAGGGGCAGUAAUAAACACGCCUACAAUGCCGUCGUAUCGCGUGUAUGCUGUCAGUCAUAUGUUGCUUGUCUCACCUCGCCGCGACGUAUCCUCUAUCCUUCCAUGUUGCUGUACACAGUUGGAUAAUUGCGCCAAUUUUUUGAUAAGCUGGAGAAUGUUUGAAAUACACACAAAUGUGCAGAUGUGAUCGUUCGAUCCGUGUUCCUUGACCUACUUCGUUUCUCGUCAGCGCCCAGGGGACAGUCUGGUUUAGGGUUGACUUCGCG